GUCUAUAUAUACUCCAAUCUUCGCCAACAACAACUUCACAACAAUUUCGCAAGUCUGUCUUCCAUAUCUCAGUUAAACAACAUGAAGCAAAAGAUAGUGAUCAGGGUGUCCAUGGAUGGACAGAAGUGUCGCUCCCAAUGGUGCCAAUCUCUUAUGUCUGCAGCUGGGUUUUCCGAGCCAAAUCCUCGGUCCAAAACCCUGAAAACUGUUGUUAGUUUACAAGGUGUGGAACGUGCAGCUUUAGGAGGGAGCGAGAAGGACGAGAUAGAGGUGACCGGGGACGGGAUUGACGCAGUUAAGCUAACAGAUUUGCUGAGGAAGAAAGUUGGAUUUGCAGAACUCGUCAGUGUAACUCCUGUUGAGGAGAAGAAAAAAGACGAACCAGCAGUGGUGCCUAUGUUUUGGUCAUAUGGGGUGCCUCAGUACAAAGUCUAUGAAAUAAAAGGCAACAACUAUAGUCCUUGUGGUUGGUCAAUCUGGUGAUUUUACAAAUACAUAUUUGAAUCGGUAAUCAGAGAGAGGGCGACUGUUCAUUGAUGGGUUUAUGGAAAUUUGGUGGAGAAUCAAGUCUAGAUAUGCUGAGUAUGUAUAUCAAUAAGAGCUGAGCUGCUGUGGUUUUGUAAAGAAACUGAAAAUAUGUGCCUUUGCACCGUUUAACUCACUUCAUCAAAUUAAUUUCUGCAA